CACGCCAGCUUAGCUUAAAUGAAACAGUCGCUUAGAGCACGUCGCAGAAAUUAAAAUGUUCCGCUUUAUAUUGUUCCUGUUACUACAUUAUUUAUUGUGGUUUCCCAUUAAGAAGGUUAGCGGUGAAGAUCUAAAUUCAAGCGCGAUUUAUGACUAUAAUUGUGAUGUGCAAAUAGAUGUCGUUAAAGAGUUCCUUCAAGAAUUGCAAGCUGUGCGAAAGCGGGAAGAUGAUAUUUUGGCACAAAUAUCUCUUAUUGAAACCAAACAGGAGAGAGUUCGAAAGUCGGUGCCUUCAAGCUGUUUGGAGGCAGCAGCUGAGAGCUUCAAAAGUGGUGUUUACAAUAUAACAUUGGAGAAGUUUAGUGACACACCGUUUGCCGUUUAUUGUAACGAAGAGGUGGACUAUGGUGGCUGGUUAGUUAUACAACGACGUGUCAGUGAUGCCGUGGAUUUUUAUAGAGACUGGGGGGAGUAUAAAAACGGUUUCGGGGUGCUGGAUGAAAACUAUUGGAUUGGUUUGGAAAAACUACAUGCCUUCACGAGUAGUUGUCAGCAUGAGCUCUAUAUUGAAUUGCAGAGAUAUAGUGGUGAAAGUUAUUAUGCGCGCUAUUCGGAAUUUGUAGUCGGCAGUGAAUCGGAGGGAUAUCCUCUUCAAAUAUUGGGUACUUAUACAGGCACUGCUGGUAAUAGCUUGGAAUAUCACUUUGGUAUGAAAUUCACCACUCGUGAUCAGGAUAAUGACCUCCGUUCCCAUAAAAAUUGUGCUGUUCAUUUCAAAGGCGCCUGGUGGUUUAAAAGCUGCUAUGAUAGUCAUCUUAAUGGAGAAUAUGGACAAACGAGCACUGGCGUCGAAUGGUUCGGCAUAGCUGAGGAUGAAUCUUUGAAAUCCGCGCAAAUGAUGAUACGCCCCACAGAGAAAUGCCUAAGACGCAUGUCACUGAAGGCCAAAUGAUUUCAUAAUUUUUUGGAUACGGUUUUAAUUUUUAUUAAUUAAACGUAUUAUUAUUGUUUUAUUCAGUUUUUCGUUUUGAUAUAGACAUUGUGCAAUCUUUGAUCAACACUCUCAUGAUAACAAAAUAAUGUUUUCAAUUUAAUAAAUUCAAGAAAUUUCAAA